UAUAAAUGGAGCAUUUGCUAGACCAAAUCAUAUUUCUUAAUCCCCAUCUCCUUAUUCUCCUUCUCCCUUCUCCUUCUUCUUCUUCUUUUCUUUCCUUUAUAUUCAUUCAUCCCAAACAUAAAACAACAGAUCAUAUCUUAAGAUUACUACAAUAUACAACACAUCAAAUGAAAUUGUAUUUCUGUUGAACUUUAUGCAUCCAAAGUUAUAUAUAUUUACCAGAAAGAAAGCAAGUUAAGGAAUCCUCCAAGGCUUUUGUUUUGAUGGAGGAAACCCCGCAUCGAGUUUCACGUAGAACCCAUGGCGGGACCCACUGUCAAAACGACACCGUCGACGAAGAGAGCCGUCGACGACGGCAUUUCAACCACCACACUCACGGCAACGAACUCAAAUGCUCCAGUAAGAGAUGCCGAUCGUGGGCGGCUGCGGCGAUUGCUGACUGUGUAGCGCUUUGUUGCUGUCCAUGUGCGAUCAUAAACCUUCUUACUCUCACUUUCGUCAAGGUCCCGUGGAUGAUCGGACGGCGAUGUCUCGGCGGCGGUCGGAAUAAGAAAAAGCGGAGGCUAUUACACAAGAGGAAACGCCGCGGGAAUAUCAACGGUGAAGAUGAGUUUCAUCAUCAUAAUAACCAUCACCGCCGGUUUGAGACAGCCGAGGGGGACGAGAAAUGCGGCUGCGGAGGUGUCGGGGGAUGUUAUGGCGGCGGAGAUUAUGAUGAUCACCGGUUUGUGGUAGAGAGAGAUGGGAGUUUAACGAAGGAGGAGGAGGAGGAGAAGACGACGUCGUGUAAAGGAGGAGAUCAUGAUGAGUCGAGAAUAAGUGCAAGAGUUGAAGCCGAGAGAGUGUGGUUAGAGUUGUAUCAGAUUGGUCAUCUUGGAUUUGGUAGAGUCUCUUUCACUGGAAUUCAAUGAUUGAUCAAUUUGUAGGAUUUUAGUUAUAUUCAAAUAAAUAUAAAAUGUGAAUGUUUUAGUCUAUGUGUUCUAUUCUAUGAUAAUGAUAGGUUUCGCUAGUGAGCGUAUUCGCAUCAA